AUGCCUAUCUGUCUAAUUGCCAGAGGUGCCAUAUAUUUGAGUUUUGUAGAGUACGGCAUGGGAGGUAAGGUUUCAACAUAUGGUGAUAUAUACAGCUAUGGGAUACUCUUGUUAGAGAUGUUUACUGGGAAGAGGCCUACUGAUGAAAUGUUUAAAGAUGGACUGGAUCUCCAUAAUUUCGUUAAGACAGCAUUGCCUGAACGAAUAUCAGAAGUUGUAGAUCCAUUAUUUGUUGCAGGAGGGGGAGGGAAAGAAGAAGAAGAAAUAACAAAUGAAGACAUUUAUAUCCUAGCAGACAUCAAAAAGGACCAACUGCAAGAUAGCUUGACAGAAAUACUCAGAAUAGGAGUUGCUUGUUCGGUGGAAUCACCUAAAGAGCGAAUGAAACUUAGUGAUGUUCUCAAAGAAUUGCAGCUAGUCAGAGGUCUUCUUCUUGGAUCCACGGUUAAAUAAGAUCAUGAAAUAGAAUUUGGAAAUGAACCUCUUCUUUGAAAUGUCUGAGACUGUUUUGUUCUGUUGCUAGA